AGGGCCUGCUUUUUCCUCCAUUCCCCAACAUCCUAGGUUCUCUCUCUCUCUCUUUCUUCUUGCAUUUAUUGAAACAAAAUAAAAGAACUUGAUUGUGUUAGUCAUUUUUUUUCUGCAAUUUCAUUUCUUGUUUCAUCAGAAGCGCUGACUGCCAUCCUUUUUGUGCAAUACUUGCAUGCAUGCCCUUGAUUAGUUAGAAGAUGAGAGAAAUCAUGGCAAAUUUACCUGGUUCGCUCGAGACCCGACAUCGAUUAUCUGCCUCAAUUGAGGCAAUAUACAAAAGAAAGAUCAACAAAAAUAAAGUGAAGGAUGUUGAGAAGCCAUUCCAUGUCCCACUCCAAGACCGCCACACAUGCUGCAAAUCUCCUCUCCUCAAACUUGCGUUGCUUCUAAUUGUUUCUGCCUCUUUUUUAAAGCUUUUCUACUCUUCUCACCUCUCUUCCACUGACCAUUUAUCUGCCACAACUUCUCGGAGUCAUUUCAUGAACAGGUGGAUAUGGGGAGAAGCAGAUUCUCGAUACGUAUCACAUGUGGAUACCAACUGGGAUGAUGUAAUGAAAGUUAUUGAGAAACUGGAUAAAAAGAAUGAUUACCAGGGAAUUGGACUUUUGAACUUCAACACUACUGAGAUCACUAAUUGGAAGCACUUAAUCCCUGAUGCCAACCACAUUGUUCUUCAACUGCCCAAUGCUGACAUGAAUAUAACUUGGGAGACUUUGUAUCCUGAAUGGAUUGAUGAGGAGCAAGAAGAAGAUGUCCCGGUUUGCCCCACUCUACCGAAGAUCCAAGUCCCCGGAAAACGUCUUGAUCUGAUUGCUGUCAAGCUUCCUUGUAGGAAUGAAGGGAAUUGGUCUAGGGAUGUUGCUCGCUUGCAUUUGCAGCUUGCAGCUGCUAAUCUUGCAACCUCGGCCAAGGGGUUUUAUCCCGUGCAUGUUCUUUUUGUUUCGAAAUGCUUCCCGAUACCGAAUAUGUUCCCUUGUAAAGAACUUGUCUUACGAAAAAACAAUGUCUGGUUAUACAAACCAGACUUGAAUGUGUUGAGAGAAAAGCUUCAGCUUCCAACUGGUUCUUGUGAACUUGCACUCCCAAUUGGGAUCAAAGAGCCAACAUAUUCAGGGAAUGCAUCUCGAGAAGCAUAUGCAACGAUUCUGCAUUCAGCUCACGUAUAUGUAUGUGGGGCUAUAGCUGCGGCUCAAAGCAUCCGCAUGUCUGGUUCGACUCGAGACCUCGUGAUACUCGUUGACGAGACUAUCAGUGUUUAUCAUAGGAGUGGACUUGAGGCAGCGGGAUGGAAAGUCAGGACGAUUCAGAGGAUCAGGAAUCCAAAAGCCGAAAAAGAUGCUUACAACGAAUGGAACUACAGCAAGUUCCGGUUAUGGCAGCUCACGGAUUAUGACAAAAUCAUAUUCAUCGAUGCCGAUCUCUUAAUUCUUCGGAACAUUGAUUUCUUAUUCGGGAUGCCUGAAAUAUCGGCAACAGGAAACAAUGCCACACUUUUCAACUCAGGUGUUAUGGUCAUUGAGCCUUCAAAUUGCACCUUCCAGCUCUUGAUGGACCACAUUGAUGUGUUUGAGUCAUACAAUGGUGGGGAUCAAGGGUACCUAAACGAGGUCUUCACAUGGUGGCACCGGAUUCCUCGGCACAUGAACUUCCUAAAACAUUUCUGGAUCGGGGACGAAGAAGAAGUUAAGCAAAAGAAAACUCGCCUUUUUGGGGCGGAACCGCCGAUCCUUUACGUACUUCACUACCUAGGUAUAAAACCAUGGCUGUGCUACAAGGACUAUGACUGCAACUGGAAUGUGGAUAUAAUGCUAGAGUUCGCUAGCGAUGUGGCACAUGAAAGGUGGUGGAAAGUCCAUGAUGCAAUGCCAGAGAAAUUACACCAAUUCUGCAUGUUGAGAUCGAAGCAAAAGGCACAGUUAGAGGUUGAUAGAAGGGAGGCUGAGAAGGCGAAUUUCAGUGACGGCCAUUGGAGAAUCAAAGUUAAGGACAGGCGAAGGAAGAAAUGUAUAGACAAUGUAUGCUCAUGGAGAAGUAUGUUAAAACACUGGGGUGAAAGUAACUGGACUGAUGAUGAAUUCUAUGUUCCAACACCGCCAGCAAUCAACACUGCUUCACUCUCGGGCUUAUGAGUUUGUUUUAUGAGCAUGGUGUUUUUUUUUGGCCAUCAUUUUUAUGUAAAUGACACUGUUUUAAAACGGGUUUCACACUAUUAAUUUCGUUUGUUUUCCAAAGUUGUUUAGAUGGACUGUGUUUUUGGGCGUAGUGGUAUUAUUAAACACAAUCCAGAUAAGGCUAUAUAUAUAAAUCCAGAUACACCUGGACGAUAAAGGUUUUUUUUU